CACCUCUACCAACCCCCCCGGUGUCUAUCGCCAUGAAGAUCCUAACAACAAAUUACCUGACCUGUGCGCUCCGCACUUGCAAAUCCCAUCCGAAUUCAUUCCCUCUACAUUUCCGCGAUGCUGAGCUGCAGCAAGAUUCCUCGCCCUUCAACGCCUCCUUCAUUGCUAAUAUCCUUCCGCGGUUAGACUGGUCCGCGCUCCUGACCACCGCAACCGAGCUCGGUUUUACCAACUUGCCGCUAGAGAAGCCGACUGUGGUGGAUGAGAGGGUUGGGAUGGCGCUACACCGAAUAUUGAUUGAGACGCAAGUUGUUGAAGGGAAGUUAGUGUGUAGGAAUUGCGGGCAUGAAUAUGCCAUCCACCAGGGGAUUGCGAAUUUUUUGUUGCCUGGGCAUUUGGGUAUCUCUCCCCUUCUGUUGGUUUGGGGUGGGGCGCUCGCUGAGAUCUAUGUAUAGUCUGAGAAUAAAUCAAUUAUUGGUAUAAUAGUG